AUGAUCUGCUUGAGUGAGGCUUUAUUCCAAUGCAGCUGUAAGAAGUACGGGUCGAAAUGGAAUCGCAUUGAAGAAAACGAAAAAAUGCAAUCAACGAAGAUUAUUCUCAACAAGCCCGGGCUGGUCAUCGUCGGCCAAGGAAAUCAGGGGCUUGUCAACACAUUCGAUAUUUAUGGUGGUUUGGCAAGGGUUUACUCGCCUGUUCUUUGUAAGCCCAAAUGGUCGCCAGGAAAUGUUUGA